UCGAAGAAGCCUCGUAUAUAAGGGAACAGAAACCGCGGAGGAGCAUCAUACUCAUCACCAACACAGAAAAGAUGUCUCGCGGAUCGUGGAUGGCACCUUUGGCACUGCUCGCAGCCCUGGUCUCGGGGUCGCUGGCAGCUGACCUCGCCGGGCGCUAUGUUAGCUUGGGGAAGUGCCCUGAUAUUACGAACAAGGCCGAUUUUGAUGCCGUGCCUUAUCUCGGCCGUUGGUAUGAACAGGAACGCUAUGACAGUGACUUCCAGAUAGGCAUGGAUUGUGUCAACGCCAUCUAUAGUGACAUGGGUAAUGGCUACGUCGAAGUCCACAACACAGCCAGGACAUCAGAGGGUGAUUUUGCAGAAGCCAUUGGAGAAGCGCAUGUGGUGGAGCCUGGCGUCCUCCUCGUGCAGUUUGGCGGAUACCCAGCCGAAUACCACGUUUUGGCCACUGAUUACGAAAACUACUCCUCUGUGUACAACUGCUUCGAAGAGGGAGAAUACCGCUGGCAGUACGCCUGGCUCCUGACCCGCGCCCAGUUCCCCUCAGCUGACCUCCUCGCCACCGCUCGCCAGGCCUUCGCCGAUAAUGGCAUUGACCUUGAUAGCUUCCACGUGACCUAUCAGGGCGAUGAUUGCCCUUACCUGCCCUAAGAAUCCGCCCCCCCCUUACCACCCCUUUUUCGACUGGUCUUAUUCUUAAUGUAUUUAUUUUUGUGUCAUAUUUAUUAUUCAUUAUUUAUUGUGUCAUGCUUAUCAUGUAAUUGUUAAGGAAUUGUUAAGAUAUGAUAUGAUUUGAAUAAAUUAUUGCUUGUUUUGUA